AACUGCCUGCUCCAGGGGUCUCAUGUACAAGGACUUGCGGUAAUUUCACUGUUAAUACAUCCGACAGUGAGCGUGAAAGCUGCCGUACGCAACGUUUUUCUGCGUACGCAGCGUUGACACAUGAGGCCCCAGGUCUGCAAACUGCCCCUUCUAAGAAAGAUCCCUAACGGGCUAUAUAAAAACGAAGAAAACGUGUACUUUCAGCACGAUCCCUUACUUACAGCUCCGCCAAUAGCGAACACUCGGCUCAUUGUGACGUCUUUUGCGGGGCGGUGCUUAACAUAUAGAGCCGCUUUGCCCUUAUAGCGGUAAUAUUGAUAAAAUGUUUGAAGGGAAUUACGUUUUGGAUUUAUAUGCGUUUAAUCGCUGAAUGUGUCGGGUUAGUUAAACAGUACCGGAAGAAGAAAGAAGGAAGAGGCGAAGAGAACGUCAAGAUCUUUAAACACAAAGGUUUAACAGACACCAGCACAAUGAAAAAUAAAGAUGCUGCGGAACAAAGAGACCUAAUGGAACCGAAAGAAACAACGGUGUCAGUAUGUCCUCAUUGUGGAAAGAGAUUAAGAAGUGAAGAGCAGCUUGUGAAGCACAUAAGAAUCCACACUGAAGAAAAGUCCUUCACCUGCCCUCAGUGUGAAAAGAGUUUCACAGGAAAAGGUCAUCUAGAGGAACACAUGAGAAUUCACACUGGAGAAAAGCCAUUCACCUGCCCUCAGUGUGGAAAGAGUUUCUCUAGAAAAAGUCAUCUAGAGGUCCACAUCAGAAUUCACACAGGAGAGCGUCCAUAUGCAUGUGUUCAGUGUGGAAAGUGUUUCACACAAACAAAUUGUCUUAAGGUCCACAUGAGAAUUCACACUGGAGAAAAGCCAUUCACAUGUGUUCAGUGUGGAAAUAGUUUCAGACAAAAAAUAACUCUAGAGGAACACAUGAGAACUCACACGGGAGAAAAGCUGUAUGCAUGUGUUCAGUGUGGAAAGAGUUUCUCAAAAAAAGGUUAUCUAGAUGGCCACAUGAGAAUUCACAAUGGAGAGCCUCCAUACACAUGUGUUCAGUGUGGAAAGAGUUUCACAUACAAACCUCGCCUAGAGGAGCACAUGAGAAUUCACACUGGAGAGCGUCCAUACACAUGUGUUCAGUGUGGAAAGAGUUUCACAUACAAACCUCGCCUAGAGGAGCACAUGAGAAUUCACACUGGAGAGCGUCCAUACACAUGUGUUCAGUGUGGAAAGAGCUUCACAAGAAAAAGCAGUCUUGAGGAACAUGUACGCAUUCACACUAGAGGACGGCCAUACGCAUGUGUUGAAUGUGAAUUGAGUUUCUCACAAAAAAAUAGUCUUAAGGUCCACAUGAGAAUUCACACUGGACAGCGGGCAUACACAUGUCUUCAGUGUGGAAAGAGUUUCACAAGAAAAAGUAUUCUAGAGCAACACAUGAGAACUCACACUGGAGAAAAGCCAUUCACAUGUGUCCAGUGUGGAAGGAGUUUCAAACGAAAAGCUACUCUUACGAACCACAUGAGAAUUCAUACUGGAUAAAAGAACACAUGAGUCAGACCCUUUCUUCUGUGUUUACACUUUGCAAAUCAUUUGCUUUUAAUGUAAAUAUUCUAGAAACAUUAUUCACUAAUUUCACCUAACUGAAAAUAAACCUGUUGUUUUGCAUUGCACUGUUGAAUUUUUUUAAGAUGCAAUGGUGUUUCAUGCAUUCUGACUUAUUUACAAUGUUAAACAUACAGAAUUCUCAUGCUUAACAUGGUCAACUAGUCAAAAAACAAGUUGCAUGUA